AAAAUGGAGUCUCCUGAGACCUUCAUGAGAAAAUUGCCCAUCACACCAGGAUACAGUGGCUUCAUACCAUGGCUCAGUUGCCAAGGAAGCCCCAACGAGGACCAAAUGAAUCACUGUGUGAAAGCCUUCCAGGAGAGGACGCAGAGAUACAAGGAGCAGCAGCAGGAACUGAACUACUGUGUGGCUCGCACCCCGGUCCUGAAGCCCAUCUGCUCCGAGGACACAGUGCUGUGGACGCUGCAUGAGUAUGCCAAGAAGUAUCACCCCCUGACUCUGGAAUGCAAGAAUGUGAAAAAACCACUGGACGAGCCCCCCAUCCCUGGCUGGGCAGGCUUCUUGCCCAGAGCCAAGGUCACUGAAUUUGGCUGUGCCACAAGGUACACCAUCAUGGCCAGAAAGUGCUACGAGGACUUCCUGGAACUGGUGGAGCAGGCCAAGAGGGCACGACGGAAACCUUAUGAUCAGUAA